UUCAGAUCAGGCGCACAAAACGAGCUCUCCGAGUUCUCCCAGCGCCAAUAGCAGCAGCGUUGUGGAACCUGCGGGAUCCCUCGGUCUCAGGAGCAGACAACCAUGCAGGUCUCCGCGCUGAGUCUGUUGCUCCUGACCAGUUCAUUUCUGCUGCGGGUGCACGGGAGGUUAGACCGGUCCCUCAAAGAAAGAGACCAAAUUCCGCUCCCUUGGUUCGGUCAGCCGAUUCUCCCGCUGACCGGGCAAAGCGGCAGGAUCGUGGCACAGGGGGACAGGGUGAUCACCGCCGCUUGUCGGAUGGAGCCCAGCUCGGACCUCGGCGCCGACCUGCCCUCCGUUAGGGGCUACGUGCUGUUCUCCCAGACCUACCCGAACGGCAGGCUCACAGCCUAUUUCAACCUGAAGGGCUUCCCGCUGUCCGAUUCGCGAGCCCUCCGCGCUAUGCACGUCCACCAGUACCGAGUGGUGGACGGCAACUGUUCCACCACCGGACCGCAUUACAAUCCCCGAAAUGUCAACCACCCCCUGCACCCCGGAGACUUCAACAACUUCCAGGUGCUGUGCGGCAAGAUCGUGGCCUUUAGGACAAACCUCAGAGCCAACCUGUUCGGACCGGAAUCGAUCAUCGGCCGUGGGCUGGUGCUCCACGAGAAGGAAGAUGACCUGGGGCUCGGCGGCAACCAGGCGAGUCUGCAGAAUGGGAAUUCUGGCCGGAGGUUGGCGUGCGGCACCAUCACACUCAGCAAAGGUGACCGUUGGAGACGGUUGGUGCCCGACCUGUGAAGCCCCAGACCUCCAGGGCAAGGCGAGCAGGUUGGCAGUUCAACCUGUUACAUUCUCGCUCCUCACCGGUCUUCCACCACGGAAAAUAAAGUUCAGAAGAUAGCGCGCACGCAAACACACACACACACACACACACACACUGAUACGAUUUAAGUAGUAACAACUUGCAAACAAUUGUGUUAGACACAAGUACCUAAUUCGUUAUGUUGUAGGGUUCGGAAAUACCAGGACGUUAAUUCUUGUUGUAUGAAUUUCCCGCAUGGUUUUAUGCGCCCUGACUUAAAUGUACUGGGUAACCGUACCUGCCGUAGAAUUAGGACGGUAAGAUAAAGUCAAGUAUAACCAACUGAUAUCUCAUGUUUAUCAGGCAUUACUCGGUACAGUGAAGUCUUGUCUCUCAUUGAUUGUUUCUGCCUUAAUAUCCGUGUAAGGUUGUUUAAUUGGUCCUUUUGGUUGCUUUAAAAUUGUCCAGAGAUGAACCUGCAGUAGCGAACAGCCGAUAAACUGAAAGUCAUUGCAAACAGUUAACUGGAAAAACUUUACAGAACUCUUGUUGGCGCGAGUGCCCAUAAUCAAGUUAAACAUGACGAGAUUCAGUCGAAAAGUUAUGUUUACUGUCCCGAGGGUCAUUGUCACGUAUGUAUUCAAAAGUUUAAUUCUAAAAUACUCCCGCAGAAGUUCUUAACAAACUCUUUACAGAUGUAAGCCGCAAAACUUUAAGUUAUUAUGAUCGGUCUAGUAACUGAAGCUGUUUUAAAUGAAAACAAAUAUAAACAAAUGACGUUUUUGUUUCCAUCUUUUGCUUCGGUUCCCUUAUUUUAUUUCAGCGAAAAAAAGAUUAGCAGUUUCACAAUAGAUACUUUGUCCUGUGCAAGUCCUGUGCAAGAACAAAUACACGGAGAAGCAAAGCUUUGCUUUAAUCCUUUGAGUAAUUAAAAUUGCUUUUAUGGAUAAUGUUUUCUGUAUCUCCUCUAAGCAAUGUGAGGUACCCUACAGUAGCAAAGUAAACCUCUACACGUGUGCUCUAUAAUACCAAUAAUUAUUUAAACUGUAUAAUGAAUUUGGCAUACCUUGAAUCAAAACUUUCAACCUGGACCGUUUAAAACCUACUCCGUAGCUAUUUAUCAGAAAUAGUCGUAGAAUUCUAAACUACUUAUCUAAACCAAAGACUGCAUCUUGAAAAUCGUGGCUAAUAAAAUGUCCAGUAUUUGUGUUGCUGCCCGGCUAAGUUUUUUCUUAAGCCGCGAUCCUUCUCUGAAGUAUUCUAGUUAACAAUGCUAACUUUUCAAACUGCUGUUAAAACAGUCGGCGUUGUGCGUUGUAACUUUAGCUAUUAGGAAAUAUCAAACUCUCGGAAAUUAAUAGUGAUUAAGCCAAUAAAAAUCAAUUCUUCAUUUCA